AUGACCGAGAAAAUCGCCAUGGAGCAUGUCGAGAAACAUGAUUCAAUUACCUCGCAGAUCGAGAGCCAUGUCUUGUCUGGCCACUCCGACCUGAAGACCAGCACCGAAGCCCACGCCGCUAUUGAGAAAGAGCACGACAUGACCCCCUGGCAAGCCUUGAAACUGUAUCCAAAGGCAGUCGGCUGGUCUCUCCUCCUCUCAUGUGCAAUCAUCAUGGAAGGCUACGAUGUCGUCCUGAUAGGUUCAUUCUUUGCAUUCCCAGCCUUCAACGAGAAAUACGGACAACUAAUGUCCGACGGAUCCUACGGCCUAGCCGCCUCCUGGCAAGCAGGUCUGACCAACGCCAUGUCCUGCGGCCAGAUCAUCGGCCUCUUCAUCAACGGUCUUGUCUCCGAGCGUUACGGCUACCGCAGAACCCUGAUGGCCUGUCUGACCGCCACGGUCGGAUUCAUCUUCAUUCUCUUCUUCGCCCCAAACGUCCAGACCCUCAUCGCCGGCGAAUUGCUCAUGGGCAUUCCCCUGGGCAUCUACCAAACUCUCACCGUCACCUACGCCUCGGAAGUCUGCCCUGUGGCUCUGCGCGCCUACCUCACAACCUACGUCAACCUAUGCUGGGUCCUCGGACAACUCAUUGCCUCGGGCGUGCUAAAGGGUCUAGCCGAACGAUCAGACCAAUGGGCCUACCGGAUCCCCUUCGCCAUCCAAUGGGCCUGGCCCAUCCCCAUCUUCAUCGGUGUAUACUUCGCACCCGAGAGUCCAUGGUGGCUUGUCCGGAAAGACCGUCGUGAAGACGCCGUCAAGGCCGUCAAGCGGCUCACGCGCGAAACACCAGGCUUUGAUCCGGAGGAAACCGUCUCCAUGAUUGUUUACACGAAUGCAUUAGAGAAGCGCGUCGAGACAGGCACCACGUACCUGGACUGCUUCAAGGGAACAGAUCUGCGUCGCACGGAGAUUGCAUGCUGCGUCUGGGCUGCGCAGAGUCUGUGUGGGUCUGGACUGAUGGGGUACUCGACUGUAUUUUAUCAGCGUGCUGGUCUGGCGGUUUCGCAAUCCUUCACUAUGUCGUUGGUGCAGUAUGCGAUUGGAGUCGUGGGGACGUUUGCCUCAUGGGUGAUGAUGACAUACUUCGGGCGACGAACGCUGUACGUUGGUGGACUGAUGUUGUUGAUGGCUGUGCUGCUUGUUAUUGGAUUCAUGUCCAUUGCACCGUCUACCUCGGCAAUCUCCUGGGCUACGGGGUCGAUGCUGCUUGUGUACACGUUUAUUUAUGAUUCGACGGUUGGCCCGGUGUGCUUCUCAUUGGUAUCGGAGAUGCCUUCCUCGAGGCUUCGGAUCAAAUCGGUCGUGCUGGCGCGAAAUGUGUACAACGUACUCAAUCUGGUGACAGGCAUCAUCAUUCCCUAUAUGUUGAAUGUGGAUGCGUGGAAUUGGAGAGGCAAAUCGGGCUUCUUUUGGGGCGGGCUGUGUCUGCUCUGUCUUGUCUGGUCAUUCUUUAGACUCCCCGAGCCAAAGGGCCGCUCUUACGCCGAGCUGGAUAUCUUGUUUGAGAACAAGGUGCGCACUAGAGACUUCAAAACUGCAAAGACAGGUCUGGUGCAGAAGGAGCUCAAGGGCGAUGGAUAUGCUUGA